CCCUCCCUCCCCCCUGCCAUUUCUAGAGAGGGAAAGAAAUCAGGGGCGUAUUUAUUUAUGCACAUUCAUAUGGGAAGAGAGGGAGACAGAGGAGGGGAGAGAAUCAUAAAGGUAAUGACAGUAGCAGUUCGCAGCUUAGCUGGAGCAUGCGGGAUCACCGGCGGUCAAACCCCUCCUCGUCGCCGGAAAUCGGUCUCCAUCACCCCCUGACUCCGAUCUUUCUUUCGGGUCGCUCGCCAUUUCCAUCGCUGCUGCUUCUUCUUUUUCUGGGUAUUUUACAGAGUGAGAGAGAGAGAGAGAGACGAUGUGCGGGAGAGAGAGAGAGAGACAGAGAGUCUGUGAUUGAAUAUUGGAAGAGCCCCCCCCUGUUCUUGCUUGCGUGCUGUGAAGCAAAACGAGCGCAUUCGUGUCACACAGAGAGAGAGAGAGAGAGAAUAAAAAUGGAGAUGGGGGGUUGUGCUUGAGAGUCUUGACCAGUCGUUUCUCUCUCUAGAAUUAUUUUCUCUCAAAAUUUUAUUGUUUUUUUCUAGUGCCCGUCUCUGCCUCUCUCUCUCUCCCCUCCUUUGUCAACCGAAGAAAAAACUGGAGAAAUCUUAGAGAGAGAGAGAGAGAGAGAGAGAGAGUAGGUGGAGAGAGGGAGAGACAGAGCCGCAAAGAAGCGGAGAGAAGCAAAGGGGAGACGGGGACACAGAUUUUUCACCUACUGCCGUCUCUCUUUGAAGGCUCAGAGGGCUGCUCUGGCUUUUGCUUCGGGAUUGAGGUAAGCAAGUUUCUCCGAGAAGGCAAACGCAUUUGGCAUCAAUCCGUGUAACAGGUCUCGUUCUAGUUUGCAACAGAGCAAGAGGGCAUUCCUUAGCUGGGGGGAAAAAGAAAGAUGGGGUGAUGAUGGUUGAAUUGUCAGAUCAAUGUUGUUUGUGAAGCAUGAGGAAGCAUAGGAGCGAGGUGGCGUUGUUUCUCUUGCUCCUGGUGUUACUGUUUAGCGAGCUGACGAUACAGCAGCAGCCGCUGAGUUCGGGCACCGAGCGUGUUGCUCUGCUUCAGCUCAGAUCUUCUUUAGGGAUUCGAAGCAGGGAGUGGCCCAGGAAGGCGGACCCCUGCUCCUUGUGGCAAGGUGUGAAAUGCGAGAAUGGUAGAGUCACAGGGAUCGACAUUUCCGGGUUUAGGAGGACUAGACUUGGUAGCCAGAAUCCGCAAUUCGCUGUCGAUGCGCUUACCAAUUUCACCCUGUUGACGUCCUUCAAUGCCUCCGGGUUCUCUCUCCCUGGUCAAAUACCCGACUGGCUCGGGCAGCGGCUCGGGUCCCUGCAAGUGCUCGAUCUCAGGUCUUGCGGGAUAAUUGGCAUUGUGCCCCCCAGUCUUGGUAACCUGACCAAUCUCACUAGCCUGUAUUUAGCGGAUAAUAGCUUGAAUGGUACAAUUCCAUCGAGUUUGGGCCAAUUGUCUCACCUUUCAGUCCUUGACCUUUCGAGCAAUGCACUCGAUGGAUCUAUUCCUUCAUCCUUUCUAUCUCUUCGGAAUCUCUCCACUCUUGACAUUUCUUCCAACUCCUUAUCUGGGUCGAUUCCUCUGGGCAUCGGAAACCUCUCGGGCCUUCAGCAUUUGAAUCUUUCGGGCAAUGAAUUGUCUGGUUCAUUACCUGUGCAGCUUGGGCACCUGGGAAAUUUGGUCGACUUGGAUCUCAGUUUCAAUAAUAUAUCCGGGUCAGUGCCAUCAGAUUUGAGAGGACUCAGAAGUUUACAGAGAAUGUUACUGGGUAACAAUCUACUCGGUGGGCCUUUGCCAGAUGACUUGUUUUCUAAUCCCAGUCAGUUGCAGGUUGUUGUCUUGAGACGUAAUUCCUUCACUGGUUCUCUUCCCAGAUUGUUGUGGUCAAUGCCAGGACUGGUUCUGCUGGAUAUCUCUGGCAAUAAUUUCACAGGUCUUUUGCCAGACACAGGGUCGAAUGCCACUGCUGCAGUGUUGAAUAUUUCUCAGAAUUUGUUCUACGGUAAUCUCACUCAGCUGUUAGUGGGGUUUGGCUUUAUUGAUCUGUCGAAAAAUUAUUUUGAGGGCAAGGUUCCUGAUUUUGCCAAAACUAAUUCAUCUCUUGGCAACAAUUGCCUCCAAAAUGUAUCCGAUCAAAGAACCGCGGGCGAGUGCGCCUCAUUCUAUGCUGAGAGAGGUCUGGUUUUUGAUAAUUUUGGACAGCCAAAUGCCACCCCGCCUUCUCCUGCUCCAGAAACUAAAAAGAAAAGCAAGAGGAAUUUAAUUAUUUUGUGUGGAGUUUUGGGUGGGCUUGUUCUUGCGUCUCUUCUGGCUGUGCUUCUUUGGUUGCUCAUAUGCACCCGUAAGAGGGGAUCGUCGAAUCAGAGAGCGGUUGGCGUUGGGCCAGCUUCAGCUGGUGGAACGCCACUGCCUUCUGGAACAUCAGUUGACUUCUCAAACUUAGGCGAUGCAUAUACAUAUCAGCAGCUGCUCCAAGCCACAAAUGAGUUUAAUGACUCGAACCUCAUUAAACACGGACACUCAGGGGAUCUCUUCAGGGGCAUCCUGGAUGGCGGGAUUCCUGUUGUCAUUAAGAAGGUUGACCUACAUUCUAUCAAAAAGGAAGUUUACCCUGUUGAAUUGGAUUUCUUUGGUAAGGUUUCCCAUGGAAGGUUUGUACCAUUUUUGGGACACUGCCUGGAGAGUGAGAAUGAGAAGUUCCUGGUUUACAAAUAUAUGCCCAACGAAGACUUGGCAAGUUCUUUAUUUAGGAAAACCAGCUCAGACGACGAUAGUUUGCAAUCUCUGGACUGGAUUAAGAGACUAAAGGUUGCGGUAGGAGCUGCAGAGGGUCUAUCUUAUCUUCAUCACGAAUGUAUUCCCCCUCUUGUGCAUAGGGAUGUUCAAGCGAGUAGUAUACUUCUUGAUGAUAAAUACGAAGUGCGUCUGGGAAGCCUCAGUGAGGUCUGUGCUCAAGAAGGGGAUACACAUCAUAGCAGAAUCUCAAGGUUACUGCGCUUGCAACAGUCGUCGGAGCAAAGUACUUCUGAUUCUUCUACAGCAAAUUGUGCAUACGACGUGUAUUGCUUUGGGAAAGUUCUACUGGAGCUGGUGACUGGUAAGUUGGGUCUCAGCGCAUCCAGUGAUGCUGAAACAAAGGAAUGGUUGGAACAAACGUUACCUUAUAUCAACAUAUACGACAAGGAACUGGUCACAAAGAUUGUAGACCCAUUGCUCAUCGUGGAUGAGGAUCUGCUGGAGGAAGUGUGGGCCAUGGCGAUCGUUGCGAGAUCCUGCCUCAAUCCGAAGCCAUCUCGGCGUCCACCCAUGAGAUACGUAUUAAAGGCUUUAGAGAACCCCCUGAAGAUCGUAAGAGAAGAAAACAUGGGCUCGGGAAGGUUGAGGACUACCUCUUCUAGAGGGUCGUGGAACGCCGCUCUGUUCGGUAGCUGGCGGCGCAGCUCAUCGGAUGUGGCAGUUAUUCCGGCUUCCUCCGCCGCGAAGGCGGAAGGAACAAGCAGCUUUAAGCAGUCGGGGACCACAGGUUCGCAGGGAAGUAAUCAUAACGGUUCAUCCUCGCACAGACGGCAUUCUAAGGAUAUAUUCCCCGAACCAUCUGAUGUACAGGAUGUAGAGAGACAAGAUCAGGAAUAGAGGGGGAGAGGUUGAUUUUUCUUCAUUAUUCUUUGACAAUAAAAUGCGGGCUUCCCAUUCGAGUGCCCGGUUCUUUCGGCAAAUUGGUCUCGCUUUUUGGAAGGGAAAAGGGGUUCCAAGCGAAGCAAUUCUUUAUCUGCUCGAGCAACCGGCUUGAGAAUCUAAGAGAAUCCUAAGCUGAGGAGCAGAAGUUGCAGAAAUUGAACGAUUUUCGGUAGUUUAUGGCAAAGCUAUUUUUGAA